AUGGCGCUGCAGAUGCAGAUCUCGGUGCCGUCCUUGCCCUCGUCAUCAACCCUGCGAUCCCGGGCCCUGGGCGGGGCUGCUGCGUUCUCGCAGGCUGAUGGGUCGAGCAGAGGGACGGGAACCGGCUGGUCGAAGGCGGUCUCGACUGCUCCACCAGCGGCUUAUUCUGGUUACCGGGGCCGUCGGACAUUGAGUAUUCGGCCGGUGCGGUCGUCGCUGGAUAUCGCGGCGCCGACGGUGGGGACGGUCACGGAGGUGGACAAGGACACAUUCUGGCCGCUCGUCAAGGCCGCCGGCGACAAGCUUGUCGUUCUCGACAUGUACACUCAGUGGUAUGGUAGCUUAACUCUCCCAUCAGCUUUGGAGCCUUUUAAACCCUGCUCUUCCUCUUCCCCCCUUCUUUCUACUCAGCGGCGUGGAGAUAUGAUACCAUCUAGUGAGAGAGAGAGAGAGAGAGAGAGUCAGAGAAAUCUGAAAGAUGAAAAUGCAGUUGCUCUGAAUUGGUUUGUAAGGAAUUUACACAGUAGUUUUGUAAGAUGGGGCUGGAGAUAGCACAAAUUCUUUUUAGAUUCACGCGACGUAAGAAGACGGACAUUCAUCCGCUUGAGGCUCUUGGCCUUCGUAAAAAGAAGAACGAAACAGAACGUGCACAACCGAAAUCCCCAAGCUCAUUACCGAGUGUAACAUGUGUAAUCUCACCAUACUUAUUCAAUGAUAAUAGCUACUCUAUCUCACAGAAAAAAUUAUUUACUAAUUAAAUAUUUUAUUUACUGGGUUAUCUUUGAUAGCUUGAGCAUCAAUGGAGUCAUCAGUACUAUCGGAGUCAAUCAGUGUGGUAGCAGACCGACGCAUCAUGAUCAUUCUGAUCUCUCUUAUCAACAUGCCUAUGCUGGUAGUUGUCAUUCAGAGAUACCACCUCCUCAGAAUUCCUUUGAUUCAAUCAUGAAGACUGGUCUCGAGCCCUGGAGCUGCUCCAUUAGAUAUGCUUUGGCUUAUCACUGGUUUUGGCCUCAAGCUUCCCAGAAAGGGUAGAAUGAUGGAGCCCCACCUGUUCCAGAGAAGCAUGAAAUACAGAAGAUAAAGAUGGGGUAUGAGAGAAAGAGAAAAACUUUACUCGAAGUAAUCAAGUCUCUGCAGCAAUUUAUUUAUGCAUGAGGACAAACAAGAAAUUCUGCUUCACUCAUAGUGAGAAUUCUUAGAAGAUCCACAGAGAAGGACAUGGAACACUGAAGAAUACCGUGAUCUUAACUCUGUUUUUUCGUUGAGUUUAGCUAUCAAUGAUCUAAACAUGUGCAUGAUGGGCCUCAGGAUUCCCGAUUACCUGGGUUUCAUUAUAUCUAAACCAAUUCAGUGGCAAUAAAGUUCAUGCGAUUAAUUUCUGAGAUUUUGGGAGAAACUCCGGUCUAGUGGCAGAAUUGAUGAUUCUAUGGGACAUGGGCUUUCCUUUCUUUGUACUACGGUUUGUUUUAAAUUUUGUGGAAAGAUCAUAGCAUGCAGGAGAGAUUAUUAACCCGUGUUAGAAUGUUCUUGGGUGCUUAUAGUCAUUAUCUCUGAUAAUUUCGUACGUUUUUUCUUCCGUUUCUUUCUUAUUCCGUCUGUGUGCGCAUGCUUUUAUUUUAUAAGCUUAUCCUAUUUCCAUCUAAUUACUGUCUAUUCUGGUAUUUGAGAAGAAAAUUGCUAUGCUGAGCCGAGAAAGAGUAAUAUGGGAGGAAGUAGUGUGAGCAAGCUCAUUGAUCAUGAGGGGGCUGCUAAAGUUGGCAUCUCCUUGAAGAACGUUAAAUUUCAGAUGACUAGAAAAAGUAAAAUAAAGUAGAGACCACCGAGAGGGGAAAGAAUCUCAAUAAUUUUUCUCAGUCUCGUACCUGUCCUCAAUAUAUAUAUAUAUAUAUAUAUAUAUAUAUAUAUAUAUAUAUAUUUUCAUAUUAGUGUAUAAAUCAUAUCUAAAGCCCAUUUACAUAUCUCAAGAAUCUGCUUUGUUUUUCUACCAAUGCCUCUCCGUUAAUCCCUGCAUUUCUAAUGGAUCCUUGAAGGUGUGGCCCAUGCAAGUUGAUAGCUCCCAAAUAUCAAGGCCUUUCUGAGAAGCACCUUGACGUUAUGUUCCUCAAGCUCGACUGCAACAAAGAGAACAGGGUCAGUUAGUUGGGUCAUCCCCACACAUAUUCCUUCAUGUCUAUAUAUAUUGGAAUAAUUGGGCCAUCCCACUAUGUACUGAAUGAAAAAAAUAGCAAAAGUUGGCCCAUCCACACAGAUUUAUUUCUAUAAUAAGGAAUAUGGGGCUAUUAUUGUCUUUUGAUUUUUUUUUUGUUUCCUCAUUGGCAGCCAUUGGCAAAGGAGCUGGGUAUAAGGGUCGUCCCUACCUUCAAGAUCCUAAAGGAUGGUCAAGUUGUGAAGGAGGUCACUGGGGCCAAACUCGAUGACUUGGUUCUUGCCAUUGAGACUGCAAGGUCAAGUUGA